AACCUGGAUAUAAACGCAGAAUUCGUCUAUUAGUGUAGUGUGUAGAUCUAUAGAAUCUAGAUCGCUUAGACUCUAAUACAAGUUUAUUUUGUUUAAUAUUAGUUUAUAAUUAUAUCAAGCUGUGAUCUAUAUCUAGAGUCUAAUUAGAAUCUAGAUCUAGUGAAAAUGGCACCCAAUAUUAUUAUCUGCUCAUCUCAUAAAAAUGAUAAACUUCGAUUUACUUCAACUUCUGUGGAUAUUCUGGAUUUACGUUGUGUGGAUGAUUUGAUGCUCUGUGUAGUUACAGAGUUGAUCCAACGAUCAAGAUCUGAAACCGUUACCCAACAAGAAAUUGACUAUGUGAAAUCAUGUUUUUAUGUUUUAAAUAAUGGACAUAUAAUGACAAAGACAGAUCCUGUGAAGGAUGGGAACACAUACCACAUUGUACCACGUCUGCUGGGUGGUAAAGGAGGUUUUGGAUCCAUGUUGCGAGCUAUUGGGGCUCAGAUUGAGAAAACAACUAGCAGAGAAGCCUGUCGAGAUUUAAGUGGUCGGAGAAUGAGAGAUAUCAAUAAUGAGAAGAAGUUAAAGGAAUGGCUGGCCAAAGAAGCAGAAAGAGAACAAGAGAGAGAAGCUCGCAGACAAGAGCGUUUGGCAAAGCGUUUAGCUCCACAUCGUCACAAGUUUGAUGAUAAAGAAUACCAGGAGCAGAAGCAGAAAAUUCAGGAAGACCUGGAGGAAGCUCUCAGCACAGGAUUAAAAAGAAAACUGAAAGAAACUGCAGGAGGUGCCAGUUGUUCAAAGAAAUCAAAGGAGACUGUCUCCUGUAAAGCUGAAUGGCUUGGUGCUGACUUGGACUCUGAUAUAGACAGCACUGAUGGUGAGGCUCAUCCAGGAAAUGAUGAAGAAGAUGAACGACACACAUCUCACAGUUCUAGCAACAGAGACUCAGAGGAAAGCAAAACACUCAUACUGUCUGUUUUAAACUAAAUUUACUAAUAAAUUAAUGUAUAUACAUUUAA